AUGGAAAGAUUGGUUUAUGCCAAGGUGUUAUUGUGUUUUGGUGUAGUUUAUUAUUGCAUUUCUAGCAUUCAUUGUGUGUCAGAAAAUAUUGAUUCUAACACCAAGGAUGUACAAUUUUCUUUAAUAACUGGAAAGGUUUUUCCUGUUGAUGAAGAAUGGGCUCCAGCAGAUUGGAAAAGCGAAAUUGUCGUUCAUUUGAAAGGAGGAACUCAAAAAGCUUUCUUGAGAGAUGAUGGCUCGUUUACUUUUUCCAAUGUUCCUCCUGGCUCAUAUAUUAUUGAAGUUACACAUCCGAAUUUCGUGUAUGAACCAAUUAGAGUUGAAAUCAAUUCAAAGGGGAAAAUCAGGGCCAGAAAAGUGAAUUAUAUUCAGAGUUCACAAAUUAUCCAAGUUCCAUAUCCAUUGAAACUUAAGGCAAUUGGAUUUAAAAGAUUCUUUCACAUAAGAGAACAAUGGAGGAUCACUGAUUUCCUCUUUAACCCAAUGAUUCUUAUGAUGGUGUUCCCCCUUUUGUUAGUUAUGGUUCUACCUAGGAUGAUGAAUGAUCCUGAAGCAAGAAAGGAAAUGGAACAAUUCAGUAACUUGACUAAAUAUGACAUGCCUGAAAUGUCAGAAGUUAUUACAUCAUUUUUCGGAGGAGGAAAUGAGCAAAAACCCAAAUCUAUUAAGCAAGCAAAAAAGGGAAAUAAGAGUUGCAAAAGUGAAUGA